GCGUGAGUGGUGAGUAUGGUGAGUGUGGAGGUGGUAAAACUCCCGCUUGUGCUCAAAAAAGGGAAAUGUUUUGGAAAGGUGAGGAGAACAGGUGAGCCUGCCAUCUCGAGCACAGCAGGCUGGGAUUGGCUAACACGUGGCUGUGACGUCACACUCGCCAUGGCGGGAGAGAGCACACACGCCGCUCCUCUGCACACCAUGUUUUUCAUUUCCCUAGUUAUCGCGGCUACUGUGAUUGUUCUGCUAUGGCUCAUCAAGCGUGCCAAGGACCAGGGCAACGAUACAAAAGACAAGAGCGUUGUCAGCGGCUGCCACUUUGACCCGGGAGGCGGCAGCAGCGCAAGGCAGGAAGUGGAGGGGCGGCAGGGGUGCUUCCCGCUGCCCCUGCUGGAGGACACCGCCAGCAGCAGCAGCAGUGGCAGUGGCAGUCUAGACGAGAUAGACACAUCGUCGGUGAGCAGCAGCAGCCACCUGGCAGCCAGCACCUCGCCCUCUGAUGCGGAGGAGGCAGGCGGCCCCAAGAUGUCGCGGCGGCAGCGCAAGAACAAGAACAAGAGCAAGAAGGUGAAGCACGGCGGUAAGGGUGAGCGGCAGGGCAGCGGUGGCGGCAGCGGCACCAUGGUGGCCUCCACCAGCGCCCUGUUUGAGCGGCUGGGCAAGACGGAGCAGGAGGUGCAUGCACUGCUGCUGCCCCUGUGCUGCGGCGUGGAGGAGCGCGUGCUCAAUGGCUACCCCUUCCCCAGCGGCGGCGGCGUGCACGUGUUCCGCCCCUCAGGCUACACCACACUGGCCGCCGUUCUGGGCGGGGCGGGGGCACAGGCUCUACUGGUGGGAGAGACCCAGGCAGCUCCUCACCCCAGCCUGGCAGAGGACGACGACCACACCUCAGACUACUCUGAGCCAGAGUCCCUGGUGGAGCAUGGCAGCAGUAGCGACUGCUGCGCCGAUGAUGGCGACGCGCAGGACGCCUCCUCAGGGAUCAGCUCGGACAGCAAGGAGGGCGAGGCAGACAGCCGGGACUGGUGUGGCUGUGGUGUGGAGGCGGCGCUGCACGGCGAAGGGCCCUGUGCUGUGCUGCAGCGUGUGGAGCGGUGCAAACGGUGCCGCCAGACCUUCAGCCUCGGGGACAAUGGGCGGCGGCCAUGUCUGCACCACCCCCGCAAGGUGGCACUGCGGCAGGACAGUCAGCUGCGCUACCAGUGCUGUGGGAAGUUGAAGGGCGUGGUGGGCUGCACUGCUGCCCCUAUGCAUGUGUACCACAGCCUGCGCUGCGGCCUCAAUGGACCAUUGGAUGGGUACGCCACACCGCGGUCUGGCCCCACCCGGGUGCUGGGCCUGGACUGUGAAAUGGUGUACACCUCAGAGGGCUUCGAGCUGGCCCGGGUGACGCUGGUGGCUGUGUGGGGCUGCGUGGUGCUGGACGCCUACGUGCGGCCCAAGGGGCGCAUCUUUGACUACAACACACAGUUCUCCGGCAUCACAGAGGCACACAUGGCAGCCGCUGUGACCUUCACCGAGGCGCGGGAGCGGGUGCUGGCCCAGGUGACGGCCAGCACUGUGCUGGUUGGCCACAGCCUGGAGGGGGACCUGGUGGCCCUCAGGCUGGUGCACAGCAAUGUGGUGGACACGUCACUGCUGUUUAAGGCCCCACAGGGCUUGGCUAUGCCCGGCCUGCCCAUCAAGCAGUCCCUCAAGAGCCUGGCCAAGAAGUACCUGGGCCGGGACAUCCAGGCGCAGGCGGCCGGCGGCCAUGACAGCGUGGAAGACGCCACUGUGGUGCUGGACCUUGUCCUUAGCCACUUCCUGGAAUCUCACAGAGUGCCCAAGGUAGCGCCACUGCCGCCAGCACUCAGGAACAUGUAGGCCAUGUGUGUGUGUGUGUGUGUGUGUGUGUUGUGAUGUGGUUGUGACACCAGUGCUGUUGUAGCAUGGUGAGUGUUGCAGCGCUGGGACUGUUCCAGCAGGUCAUAACACAGUGUGUGCCUUACUUGUGCUGCAGCUGCUCUAGGGAGGCGCCGCGCCUCGUAGCUCACUUGCUCAACGCUGCUGUGUGGUGUGGUGCAGUGCGGUGCGGUGCAGGGCUCACUGUCUGGUGUAGGGUGGGUGGUGUGGUGUCCGCUGGCCCGGGCAGAAGCCGGGGUGUGGCGCAUGGUUAGUGUGGCGAGGUAAUGGGAAUGAUCUGGUACAACUUUUAAGUAAAUUAUUUUAACCAAAGUGAGUGAGAGAUUACAUGAGUGUAUGUGAGUGUGUGCGUGUGUUGUCCCGUGACGCUUGACGACGUUAUUUAUGUUUUUACGCUUAAGGGAGUUGUGGCAGCUUGUGUAGUGUGUGGGAACACUUAAGAGAGGAACCCUGAGUAGCGGUUGUGAGCGAGCAGCAAACCCUUCCACCCUGUUCCACCCUGGGAACACCGCGAUGGCUGGUGGAGCACACUGCAGCCCACCACCCAACACAAAAACACAAGACCAUCGCGUGGCGUCGACGUAACACCCCGAGUAUUGUCGCUGUGAUAGAGUUGCAUUCCGACUGGGUUUUUUGACGGCAGAGUUGGCAGCCGUGUUUGGUAAUGGUAGUUAGUGGAUAGUGUGAUAGGAGGCAGAUCUCUUGUGCUGUGCCUAAGUGAAGGGAGACGUGAGGCGAGGUAGUUGAGGCGUUGCACCUUCACGACGUAACUUUUGUGAUAUUCUAAUACUUCACUUUGCGUUUGUAUAGCGUUUGUUUGUCGUGUGUGAAUGAGAUGAUGGUUUUUACUGCAUGUCUGUGUGUGUGUGUGUGUGUUUGUGAUGAGGUAACUAGGAUGUGUUAGUGUGUGUGUUUGUGUGAUGUGAGUGAAUGAGAUUAAUUAAUUUUUAGUUUGUCUUGUACGAAGAAAGUAUGUAUGUAUUUGAAAAACAUUUUAUUUGCGUAUUUUAUUGUGUAUUGCAAUUUUAUCAGCUGUGUAUGAAUGUAUGUGUGUUUGAGGAAAUACGAAGCAAUUUUACAUUCUUAUAUGUUAUUGUAGUUGUCUAUUUGUGUAUGUGUGUGUAUGUUUGCGACGACAAAAGAUGCACAUUCUAUUUCGUUAAUGUGGUUGCCAGCUGGUGUUGGGGGUACAGGGGGUUGGGUGGGGAGGGGAUAUCCUAACAUGGUGGAGGUUUUAAAUGGAUCAGGGUUUAAAAAGACGUUAGGUGGGUUGGACACUGCUACUACUACCACCAUCACCACUACCACCAUUACUACUACUACUACUACUACCACAAACUAUUUCAACUCCUGCAUUUCAAUUUGGUGACUUAUUUUCUAGAAUUGUCGAGAGCACAGUCAGUUAGUCGGUCAGUCAGUUUGCUUGGUUAGUUGUCUUGUUAGUUGGUCUGUUAGCCGAGCAGUCAGUGAGUCGGUCAGCUUGUCAGUCGCUUAGAUAAUUCAUGAGUCACCUCGUGUGUCAGUCAGUCAAAUUAUAUCAGUCUAUUUUGUCAGUCAGUCAGUAAGUAAGUAAAAAGAUAAUUCUUUAGUUAAUUUAUUUCACUUUUUCAAUUUUUCAACCAGUUACUUUAUCAGUCAGUCAGUAGAUCAAUUUGUCAGUCAGUCAGUUUGUUAGUUUCUCAGUGUUUUCAAUCAGUCAGUCAGUCAUAAAUUCGAUAGCCAAUCUAUACAAGUUUUCAAUUUAUCAACCAAUCAUUUUGUCAGUUUUUUACCAAUUUUUCAGUUUUAUCAGUCUUCAAUCAGUCAGUUAUAUUAGUACAUAAGUUCAGCCAGUCGUUUGGUCGGUGUGUCUGUCAGUCAGUCAGUCAGCCAGUCAACAGUCAGGUGGAGUGGUUACUGGUUAGUGCAUGCAUUAACUGCCCAAUCAUUGCACUGUCUUAUUGUUCACAAAGUCGGUGUCCUAACUCAGCAUUUGCAAGUUUUAUAUUUUUAUACGUGUGUCCUUGUGUCCUUCUGUUAUUUAUGUGUCGUGUUUAUGUACAUACUUGUGUGUGUGUGUGCGUGUGUGUGUGUGUGUUACAAGAGGCAGCUCACAAUCGGAAGGGUCUAAGUUUUAAGUAAAGACGGUUUUUUGCUAGUGAAUUUCUUAGUCACAUUGUUUAGCAUGGUAAGGUCAACAAACUCACUCUUUUGUAGAUACCGUGGAAUAUUCUCUCUCUCUCUCUCUCUCUCUCUCUCUCUCUCUCUCUCUCUCUCUCUCUCUCUCUCUCUCUCUCUCUCUGUUUUCUUUACACUUUAGUACAAGAAAGGUUUUGAUGUUUUUUAUUUUCUGUGCAGCUUUAGAUGGAAGGAAAGUAACAUUAGGCAAACUUUAGAAGAGAAAGAUACAAAAAAUAAAGCCUGCAUUUUUUUACUUGGGUACAAUUGGAGGAAGUGAUGCAGAAAGGUAGCUGUUUAAAAUCAAGUGUAAUUUGGAAUGAAAUCAAGUCAAUAUUGUGAAUUAAUAAAUGGUUGGAUUUUAACUCAGAUGUAGUAAAAGGAAUUAUAUAUGAAGAAAUCCAAUAAUUGUUAAUAUGAUUUUUUUUUUUUUUAACAUGGGUAUAAUUGUAAAGUAGUUAUAUUAAUAGCACAUUAGAUUCUCAAGACUUCUAAAGAUGUGAUUGACAUUUUAGAAAGUUAUAAAAAAUGAACAAAAAUGAUUUACUAUUAAUAAGCAUUACAUUUUUUCAUAAUUAACUUUUAAACACGCAAAUAAAUAAAAAUGACCUUAGUUACUAUUAAAAAGUACAAUAACUCUUAAUAAAGGUGAUAAAAAUGAGAGGAGGGAGAUUUCCAGACGACUCCAGUAUUUGAGAGUGUUGAAUGACAGUAUUUACAAAGCAGUAUACAAACAUUGAUACCCUUGAACAGUAUUGUCAUUCAUGAGUAAAGAUAAACACAAGAGUGAGAGUUAGCAAUGCAGUGGCAGCGUGUGCGUGCGUGUGUCUGUUUGUUCGUCUGUAUAGUAUUGCCAUUCCUUAAAUAAAAAAUGUUUAAUACUU